CAAGAGCAAGAGCAAGAGCAAGUCUUUAAAUUUUACUACGUCUGUGUCUUUCAUGAAUAUGAAUGGCAUGGCAAUGUACAUGAAUAUUGAAUAUGAUCAUCACUCUCAGAACCUGAAAUCUGAAAUGGAAAAAGAAAAACCAACCAGAACUUUCUACGACAAUCACUACCUCUGCUUCGCCUUUCUCUUCUCCUUUCUCCUCUGCUCUUUCCUCCUAUGCUUUGACUUCGCAACCUUUCAUGGCCCCAACCAUGCGCUCUCAUUCUCUCUCAACCCAUCCACCCAAAACCCUAAUCCAGAUUCCUGCAUUGGCCGCUAUGUCUACAUUCACAAACUCCCUUCCCGCUUCAACGAUUAUUACCUUAAAAACUGCCAUGUCCUCACCAUUGGCUCUGACACACCCAACAUGUGUCCCUAUCUUCAAAACUUGGGUUUUGGGCCUCAAUUUUCAAACCAGAGUUGGUACGCCACCAACCAGUUUACGUUGGAGGUCAUUUUUCACAACAGGAUGAAAAAAUAUGAGUGCUUGACCAACGAUUCUUCCUUCGCAUCUGCAAUUUUUGUGCCGUUUUACGCUGGUCUUGACGUCAGUCGCUUUCUUUAUCAUUCUAAUCUCACAGAGAGGGAUUCCUCUGGUCGAGAUCUUCUUAAAUGGCUUGCAGAAAGACCCGAAUGGGGGAGAAUGUGGGGGAGAGACCAUUUCCUUGUUGCAGGGAGAAUUGCUUGGGAUUUCAGGAGACAAAGUGAUAAUGACUCAGAUUGGGGUACCAAGUUCAGAUUUUUACCCGAAUCAAUGAACAUGUCCAUGUUAGCAGUUGAAGCUGGUUCCUGGAGAAACGACUAUGCAAUACCCUACCCUACUUCUUUCCACCCCUCCAAGGACACACAAGUUUCAUUGUGGCAGAGGAAAAUCAGGCACCAGAAGCGUCCUCACUUGUUUGCUUUCACUGGUGCUCCAAGGUUUGAACGUGAUGGCUCCAUCAGGGGUAAGAUUAUAGACCAAUGCAGAGCUUCGAGUUUGUGCAAAUUCGUUGACUGCAGCCAUGGUGCGGAAAAGUGUGACGACCCCACCAAUGUCAUGAAGGUGUUUGAAAGUUCUGUGUUCUGUUUGCAGCCUUGGGGUGACUCCUACACCAGAAGAUCCAUUUUUGAUUCCAUGCUGGCUGGUUGUAUUCCCGUUUUCUUUAGUCCUGGCACUGCUUAUUCGCAGUACAAGUGGCAUUUGCCCAAGAAUAGGACUAGUUACUCUGUGUAUAUACCUGUGAAGGAUGUAAAGCAAUGGAAUGUGAGUUUGGAAGAGGUGUUGCUGGGGAUUCCGAAGGGUGAGGUGUUUGCAAUGAGAGAGGAGGUUAUAAAGAUAGUUCCAAAUAUUGUUUAUGCAGAUCCUAGGUAUAAGUUGGGUUACUUUGAAGAUGCGUUUGAUUUAGCAGUGAAAGGAAUACUUGAGAGGAUAGAGGAGGUGAGGGAAGCAAUAAGGAGCGGGAGUAAUCCUAGCAUUGGUUUUGCAGAUGAAGACCAUUAUAGGUUUACAUUUUCAGAUAAUUACACCUAAAACAAGACAUAUAUUAUAGGCACAUAUCGUUUCAUGAUAUUAGUCAUAAAAAAUAACAUUCAUAUUUCAUAGUUAAACAAAUUCCCUAAAGAGAAUCCCGGGUCACACCUUUUUUUUUUUGUUUAUUUUGGGGGUAUUCUGGCUUUUCUGAUUUAUUCGUUAUGCUUUCUUUCUUGGUCUACAAAUAAGGAAAUCUGGUUGCAAUGAUACAUGAAAUUUCUA